GAAAAGAAGAGAAAGAUUAAAGCUGGAGGAGGGUGGAAGGAAGGGGGAGAGAGAGAGAGAGACUGACAAAGGAUUGUUCCUUGCAGUUUCAGAGAAGGCUGAACUUUUGUUGUUCCUUCAACUCUUCUAUAAAUACAAUACAACUUGAGUCUUAGUCUACACACACUACAUGAAAACAAGAUGACAUACUCAUGCAGAAGAAUCGAUUGAGGGCUGAAUCACUCUUGCGAAUCAAAUUGAAGGCUGAACGAUCAAGAGAGCUGGGGAAUAAGUAACGAUUUGGGGUUUCUACCAAACCAGAGUUUGUAAGCCGCCUUUCUCCGCGUUGAUUAUCAAUGUUCGUCUUCCCAAAACCAGAGUUUGUAAGCCGCCUUUCUCCGAGUCGAUUAUCAAUGUUCGUGCCCAAUACCAAUUCUACUGAUGUUGCUGAUGCUGCUGAACUACUCUUCAGUCUUUCAAUCUUUGGGUUCAGCCAACUCUCUGCCGCUGAUCAACAUGAGAAGACGAAAGAAAUGUAUAAAAAAGUAGUUGAAGAUGUUGUAGUGGAGCAACUCUCGGAGGAAAGUGAAGAGGAUUUCAGACUCAGAACAUUCACAGAGUUAUUCAACAAACUUCCCUUCCCUGACCAGAACCAUUUCCUGUUCACAGUUACAAAGAAAUUCAAGCGCGAGAGGCAAAUUGGCGAGUUGAUUUCUUGGUUCACUACUGAACUUGACGCCAAUGAUCAACAACAACUUAUUGCAGAAAUGGUUCAUGUUAAAGCUGAUGAGGAAACCAAUGACGACGAUUUCAGGCUCACAAGAUUUACACAGCUUUGUAAGGAUUAUACUGACGAUGUUUAUGCAAUUCUUAUCGCUUGCAGGAAGAAAUAUGACGAGCAACCAAAACAUAAUGAAGGUUGCUCAGAUUGGCAGUCUCGUUUUGCCGAGUUUUUCUUAGGAUUCUCAAUUACGUGGUUCAAGGGACAAAGCUCAUAUGGUCAGUGGCAGCUGAUUGAACAACUCUGUGAUGGAGUUAAAGGCGUCGUAGUUGAGAAGCUCGCAGAAGAAAGCCAGGCGGAUUUCGAACUCAGAAGAUUCACAGAGCUAUGUAAGAGAGUGGUUGACUUUGAUAUCCAAGUCCACUUUCUUGACGAAGCUGUACAGCAGCUGCGAUACGUACGAAGAGAUCUUCCUCACUGGGUGCGCGUUCAGCCCCAAGAUUAUGCCAGUGCUGCUGAAUUACUCUCUCAGCUCUCGAGUUUUGGGUUCAGCCUACUAUCCCCCAACAACCAACAAGACAAGAUUGAACAAAUCUCUAACGAACUAGCUGUCAAAGUUGUUAAUGUCGAAAGACUUGCAGGGGAAACAGAGGAAGAUUUCAGCAGGAAAACAUUCGCAAAGCUGUUUAAUAAAGCUCCGGUGGCUACACGAGUUCAUUUAUUCAAGAAGUUGAGUAAAAAAUUCUUCCGUGAAAGACGUUUAUGCGAGUUGAUUAUUUUGUUCAGGCAACUGGAUUCCAAUGAGCAACAAGAAACGAUUGAAAAUAUGCAUGAUCAGUUCAUGACGCGAGGAAGCAAAGAUGUCAAAGAUGUCAUACUCGAGAAAUUCUCCGAGGAACGCGAGGAGGAUUUUAGGCUCAGAAGAUUUAUUAAGCUGGGUAGCAGAUCUGCAUUCUUUUUGGAUGACUUCAUUCAGGAUGAAACUAAUGAGAAUCCACAAGGGCUUCAUAUGCAGACGUCAGGUAUAGAUAUGGAAGAGAUAGAAGAAAUCAAGCAGUCCCGCUAUGCUGAAUUUUAUUUGGGGUUGUCAAUUAUUUGGUUCAACGCACGAUGUGCCAGUGAUCCAAGAAACCUCAUUCAAGUACUUGUUCGUAAAGCUCGAGGAGGUGCUGAUACAAUUGAGAAACUCGUCAAUGAGACUGAGGAGGAUUUCCGGCUCAGAAGAUUUAGAGAGUCGUUUAAAAAACUUGAAUUCAGUUCCCAGGAGGAUAUUGUGGAACGUAUUCAAGAUACAGUAUUUCAUGAUCUAGGUCAUGAUCUACGUGUUCGUUUUGGGGGAUAUAUUGUAUUGCAUAGUAGAAAUACUAUGAGCUCCAAGGAACGCCUCCAUUGGCUACUGAAUUGAUCAAGGUGAAAACUCCAAAUCUAAGAGGAUUAGGAGGAGCAGCGGCAACUAAAGGAGGAGGAGAGGGAGCAAUCACAAUAGGAGGGCAGGGGACUGGUCAACAUUAGAUGAUUUGCACCCAUGCACUUUAGGAAAGAAGCCUUCGAAUAACAAUUCAAAAGAUGUGGUCAAUUCAUAGAUGGAGCAGCACUACUCUUCUUUAUGAGUUUGCCCUGUCUCGCCAGCACGUGCGUUUUAUUCUUUUGCAAUAUAGCCUUACCUUUCUUGUUUCUUCUUGAUGAGACAAGAAAUGGAAAAGGCCCCCUCCCUGAUUUAUGGAUAAAUGUCUGUUGUGUGUGUUUUCUAAUUUCAAAGGGAUCAUAUGAUGUGCCC